AUGGUUCAUUAUUCACUUGACCCAGAAAACCCCACAAAAUCAUGCAAGUCAAGAGGUUCAAACCUUUGUGUCGACUUUAAGAACACAUGCAAAACUGCCCAGGCCAUCGAGGACAUGCAUGUCCGAGAAGCCACCAAGGAUCUGAAAGAGGUCACUCUGCAGAAGCCACGUGUGCCAUUCCAUCGCUGCAGCAGUGGACCUGGUAGGUGUGCCCGGGCCAGACAGUGGGACUGGACACAGGCUUGGGGACUCAAAAGGAGUGCUGAAUUUUUACUGUGUGCGCUUAAAAAUGCAGAGAGUAAUGUUGAACUUAAGGGUUUAGGUGUAGGUUCUCUCGUCAUAGGGCACAUCCAGGUGAGCAAAGCCCCCAAGCUGCAGCAUAGAAUUUACGGGGCUCCUGGUUGGAUUAACCUACCUAGGAGCUCUCCCUGCCACCCUGAGAUGACCCUUACUGAUAAAGAGCAGGUUGUUCCUAAAUCAGAAGAGGAGGUCGGUCACACAGAAGACAAAGAUAUCCCAGAAGAAACUGGGAAACAAAAACUUAUGACCUGGGAGUUAAUUCUGCAUGAAACAAAUGCAGAGAAGUAUAGGGUUUGCAAAAGCUGCAGUGAGAGCUGGAAGGCUUUCGAAAGCAGGGCUCUCGUUUAA